GCAAUAUAUAUCAGGGUUUGAGGACAACUUAUCUACGCCUCUCUCUCAGUGCGCUAACAAGCGUAAGGUCACUGAGAGCCUCGCAUAGCACGCCGAAUCAGUCUCUUCGUCUCUCUCUCUGUCUCUCUCUUUAUUCCCUAAUUUCACGAUUGUUUCUCUGUGAUUUAUAUAGUUACAUACACAUAUAUUGUUUUUCUGUAUCUGUACACUUCUCUUCAUCUGUUUACGCUUUUGAUUGGAUCCACUUUUUGUGAGAACCUGUAGAUUCUUGUAAGUGGUGGUUGUAUUCGACUAUUGCUAUAGCUCUGUCUGUCUUCUGUAUUUACUUUUUUGUUUUGCCGAUUGAUUGUGUGUGUGUGUUUUUGUAAGUCAUCUAAAUAUGUGAUAGGUUUUGUGAUCGUGUCCUGAUGAAUAUAGGUACCACAUGUUAGUGUUAGAUCUAUUAAAUUGUAUACAGGUUAAGGUUUUGUUUUCGAGCUUUUAAUGCUUCUCGAUCUAGUAGCUCCCAUGGAAUAUAAUUUUACUUAUUUCAUUGAGUAGGCAUAGAUUUGGAUUUCUUUGCAUUCAAUUCCUUCAGCUAUCUUUUUUUGUAAGAUGAUUUGUUUGCUUUGUUUUCGUGCUAAUCAAAAUCACUGAAUCAAAUUUUUAGUAAUUUGUGUUCCUCUACCUUUGAUUCUUGAAGUAAAUCAUGUUUAUAACAUUUUGAUUUGUUUUUCUUAAUAAAAACCAGUUUUGUGCUUUGGUGAAUUAUACUGUUUACGUAUUUGCGUGGCUAUGCCUUUACUUUAUCUUUGAAAUAUAGACUUCUAGUGGUACGUCCCGGGAUAAUAAUUCGUGUCUCUUUUUUAUUGUUUAAUUUAUCAUUUUUUCCUUUCAUGAUAAAAAAAAAUAGGUGAUAAAAAUAAAUUUUUUGAAUAAAUUUGAAAAAAAUAGGGGCUGGUUAUUGGAGGACUUCAGAGGUGUUACAAAUGAUGCAUUGUAGCGUUUUAUUGGAGGGAGCCUUAGGUUUUGAAUUAAAAAAUUCUAAAUUCUAGAAAAUUAGAAAAUCAAGCCUUCUUCCUUCUAAUUUGUUUGUUUUAUAUAUAUAGAUAGAUCUCUUGAGUAUGUUUUCCUCGCUAUUACAGUCUUGUUGAAGAGGAAAUAUUUUCUUUCCUCAAGUGCUGUGAUUUCAGAUCUGUAUCUCUUUUGGUUGACUUACUAUUUGAAUUUUAGAUUUUUCAUUAAUUUUCCAAAAGGACCAUGUUAGUUGUACUUGGAUAUUUAUCAUUCACAGUUUUUCUUAUAUUGAAAAUAAGUUUAGUAAUAUACCUGUUAGAUGUUAUUUGUUACUUCAAUUUGCAAUAAUGUGUUGAUGUCUUUCUAUGUCUCUAAUAUCAAGGGUUUUUGGUUGCAGUUACAAUUACUGAGAAGUAUUUUAUUCUUUUAAGUGUGGUGAUUUACCAAUAUUUUUUGUGGAUAAACAUGUGAUGUACAAAUAACAUAUCUGUCUGGCAUAGGCAAAAUGGCUUUGAAGUGUUGUAUUAUGUUGAUAUUUUUCUGUAUGAGGUCCUUUUCCUUGUUGAUUUAUCUACAGUAGGAUUGCUGUUUGCACGAAUCUUUGUGAGAGUAUGUUUAUGCUGGAUACUGUUCUAUAUUCCUUGAGGUUCUUAUUAUCAGUUUGCUAAGCUUGUUUACUAAAGUCAUGCUGAUUGUGUUUUCUUGUGUUUUGUGGCAGGCAUUGUUUGAGGAACAUUUCCUAUUUAUACUCUUCUCUUUGUAACUUUUAAAAUUAGUCAAAAUGGUGAAGUUCACAGCUGAUGAGCUUCGUAGGAUUAUGGACUACAAGCAUAACAUUCGUAAUAUGUCUGUUAUUGCUCAUGUUGAUCAUGGGAAGUCCACUCUUACUGAUUCUCUUGUGGCUGCUGCUGGUAUCAUCGCGCAAGAAGUUGCUGGUGAUGUACGAAUGACUGAUACCCGUGCAGAUGAAGCUGAACGGGGUAUCACUAUUAAGUCCACUGGUAUCUCACUGUACUAUGAGAUGACUGAUGCAUCUCUAAAGAGCUAUAAGGGAGAGCGACAAGGAAAUGAGUAUCUUAUCAAUCUCAUUGAUUCACCUGGGCACGUUGACUUCUCAUCCGAGGUGACAGCUGCUCUUCGUAUCACUGAUGGUGCACUUGUUGUUGUUGAUUGUGUUGAGGGUGUUUGUGUCCAAACCGAAACUGUCCUUCGACAAGCCCUUGGAGAAAGGAUCCGACCUGUCCUGACCGUAAACAAGAUGGACAGGUGCUUCCUUGAACUCCAGGUUGAUGGAGAGGAGGCAUAUCAGACAUUCUCCAGAGUUAUUGAGAAUGCAAAUGUCAUUAUGGCCACAUAUGAGGAUCCACUUCUUGGUGAUGUUCAGGUGUACCCUGAGAAAGGGACAGUUGCCUUCUCUGCUGGGCUUCACGGUUGGGCCUUUACUUUAACCAACUUUGCCAAGAUGUAUGCCUCUAAAUUUGGAGUUGAUGAGUCUAAGAUGAUGGAAAGGCUCUGGGGCGAGAAUUUCUUUGACCCUGCCACCAAGAAGUGGACCACCAAGAACACGGGCUCCGCUACUUGCAAGCGUGGAUUUGUCCAGUUUUGUUAUGAGCCCAUCAAGCAGAUCAUCAACACUUGUAUGAACGAUCAAAAAGAUAAGCUGUGGCCCAUGCUGCAAAAGCUUGGUGUUACCAUGAAGUCUGAUGAGAAGGAUUUGAUGGGGAAAGCAUUGAUGAAGCGUGUUAUGCAGACCUGGCUUCCUGCUAGUACUGCCCUCCUGGAAAUGAUGAUCUUCCAUCUCCCGUCGCCGGCUACGGCUCAAAAAUACCGUGUUGAGAACCUAUACGAGGGCCCACUUGAUGAUCUUUAUGCUAAUGCUAUCAGAAACUGUGAUCCUGAGGGGCCUCUUAUGCUUUAUGUUUCCAAGAUGAUUCCAGCAUCGGAUAAGGGUAGGUUCUUUGCCUUCGGUCGUGUGUUUUCUGGGAAGGUAUCGACUGGUUUGAAAGUGAGAAUCAUGGGACCUAACUAUGUCCCUGGGGAGAAAAAGGACUUGUAUGUUAAGAGUGUUCAGAGAACCGUUAUUUGGAUGGGAAAGAGGCAGGAAACCGUUGAGGAUGUACCAUGUGGGAACACAGUUGCCUUGGUUGGUUUAGAUCAAUACAUCACUAAAAAUGCUACCCUGACAAAUGAAAAGGAAGCUGAUGCUCAUCCGAUCCGAGCAAUGAAGUUCUCUGUCUCGCCUGUUGUGCGUGUUGCAGUUCAGUGCAAGGUGGCAUCUGAUCUUCCCAAGCUUGUUGAAGGUCUUAAACGGUUGGCCAAGUCUGAUCCUAUGGUUGUGUGUACCAUUGAGGAGUCUGGGGAGCAUAUCAUUGCUGGUGCUGGAGAACUGCACCUUGAGAUCUGUUUGAAAGACUUGCAGGAUGAUUUCAUGGGUGGAGCUGAAAUCAUAAAAUCUGAUCCUGUUGUGUCCUUCCGUGAGACAGUUCUUGAGAAGUCGAUCCGUACUGUAAUGAGCAAAUCUCCUAACAAGCACAACCGUCUUUACAUGGAAGCUAGACCUCUGGAGGAAGGGCUGGCGGAAGCCAUUGAUGAUGGGCGCAUUGGUCCAAGAGACGAUCCCAAGGUCCGUUCUAAAAUCUUGUCUGAGGAGUUUGGUUGGGACAAAGAUCUUGCAAAGAAAAUUUGGUGCUUUGGACCCGAGACCACUGGUCCUAACAUGGUGGUUGAUAUGUGUAAGGGAGUUCAGUAUUUGAAUGAAAUUAAGGAUUCUGUUGUUGCUGGUUUCCAGUGGGCUUCAAAGGAAGGUGCAUUGGCUGAGGAAAACAUGAGGGGUAUAUGCUUUGAAGUUUGUGAUGUUGUUCUUCAUUCUGAUGCAAUUCACAGAGGUGGUGGACAGGUCAUUCCAACAGCUAGGAGGGUUAUUUAUGCUUCCCAGCUGACAGCCAAGCCCCGACUCCUGGAGCCUGUGUACCUGGUGGAGAUCCAGGCUCCAGAGCAAGCUCUUGGUGGAAUCUACAGUGUUCUGAACCAGAAACGUGGGCACGUGUUUGAGGAGAUGCAGAGGCCGGGUACCCCUCUAUACAACAUCAAGGCAUACCUUCCUGUUGUUGAAUCAUUCGGGUUUUCAGGCACCUUGAGAGCUGCUACGUCAGGGCAAGCUUUCCCCCAGUGUGUGUUUGAUCACUGGGAUAUGAUGUCAUCUGAUCCAUUGGAACAGGGAUCACAGGCGGCAACUCUUGUUUCUGAAAUCCGCAAGCGGAAAGGUUUGAAAGAGCAGAUGACGCCACUUUCCGAGUUCGAGGACAAGCUGUAAGUCAUCUGCCAGGGGUUCGACUUUGCGAGAGACAGAUGAUACCUAUGUUAACGCUGGGCACAAAAUUUUUGCCUCAAAUAUUUCGUUUUUCUUUUUCAGUUUUUCGAUUUGCCCGUGGGGGGUAGUACUUUAGUUAUAAGUGAAGUUGUCUUCUAGAAUGCUCCGCUUGUUCGAUGUUAUUUACAAGUACGAGAUGUUCUAUUUAUUUUUCAUUACAUGUUUUGGUAUUUGGACUAUUCCAACAUUUAUUAGCGAGUGUCAGUGCUAUUAACGUUCCUUUUCAUAGUAGGUAAUUUUGCCCCUGAUGCUGUGAUGUUGAGAAUAAUUGAUGGAUGAGGUUAUGAGUCUCGGUUGUGCGUGCGGUGUAUGAUGCUUCUUCACUAGAUGCUUCUGUUUUGAUACCUGAAUGAAUUCCUGUGUUCAUGAUCUGCACUGUGCUCACCGAGCUUAAUGGCAUUUUUUUUUAUUGAUUUUUUCC